CGACUCGUUCAAUCUUCGCCCGCGUAAGCGCGAGAAAUGUCAUUCUCACGACUCGCAAAGUGUGUCAACAAACCGCGUCAAGUUCGUGAUAAUAUAUUCGUACCGUCGUUCGAUUAACGCGAAUCCUAGGUCACGCGUGAUCUCGCGCGGAAGAAGGCUCGUCGUGUUCCUCGGCACAAUUUUCGGACGCAACAGCGGUGCACUGUGGGCCAGCAAUGGUGAGCGCGUGAUUUUGAACAAUUCGAGCUAUCGAAGGAACGCGCAGGGAUCAUCAUCAUGUCCACUAAUAAGGGACAAAAUGCAAGAGCUUUGGUGGAGCCUUUAGCGUUGGAUUCGCAUACACUAGGUGACAAUGAUCUUAGUGCAUUAAGCUUGUCCCACAAUAAUGAACAGUAUACUUCGACUGAUUUCGACACCUUCGCGAAUAUUCAAGCGGAACUUGAAUGUAUGAACGCGGAGGAAGUUAUGACAGCGGCCGAUGACCGCAUAACAAUCGAGCGAAACAUUGAGACUGAAACAAUAGUACCUGAUGUGGAGAUGACUGAGAUCUCUGAGCAAGUGCAGGCCGAACAUAUUUACACGACGGCCAAUCAGAGCAACCAAAAUGUCGUGUUCCAAACGAAACCUACUCUACAAAGAGUGCCUGCAUCGGCUGUCCAGGUAAAACCGAAUGUCCAAGCUACGCAGAGCCAAUCAAUUAUGAUAGUGUCGCCUGCGAGCGGACAGGGCACCAGCCAAAUACUGAAGAUAUCGCAUCCACCAACAGCUUCGGCAGAACAGUUGCAAUCUUUAGCUCAGACUCUCAUAACUGGAAAAUCCGCAGAUGGAAGCGUCGUUCAAUUAAGAUCGACUCAGUCUGCUAAGUCUAUCGCGACAACCAGUGCCUCAGGAAACAUCACAAUUAAUAACAUGCAAAAUCUCCAGAUAACACAGCCAACACUGAAACGAACAACACAGAAUAUCCAACAACGACGUAAUGUAUAUACAAAGAUGAUAUUGACAGGAAAUCAAUCACAAGCUGGUACUCAUCAAGUUCUUAUUACGAGUUCUCAAAGUGAAAAUCAGCCGAGCUCAGGAAUCAAAUUUCUCAAUAAUAGCUCUUCUAGUUAUGGUAUAACAAGCCCAACAAAAACUAUAACGUUAGCACAGGCUCAACAAAUGGGUAUACUCUCUACCAAUAAGGUGCAACACAUUUUACCAUCGUCCUCGCAGAAGCAGGGUAUGAUAUUGAAUAAGCUGCUACAGUCUUCGACAUCACAGCAAUCGAAGGUGACCAUAGUACCUACCAAUACCGCAAAGUCAAUGCCGACGAAAAUCUUACCUGCGCCAAUUACGAAUAUUCAAGCUAAAUCUUCGAAUCAGCAAUCCACAUUUAUUUCAUCCAAAUCAUCUGGGCAGCAAAGUCCGCAAAAAGUCAUCAUCAGACAGAGUUCUUUGAAAUCUGGCACUGUACUUGGAAGUGGCCAAGUGAUUAGAAUACCUGCUAACCAAAACAUUGUAACUGGAUCAAAUCAAGUUCAUCAAAUUCAGAUGCCUGGAAGACAAGUGCAAUAUGUAAGAUUAGUCAGUACUUCAACAGGAACUACCAAUGUCGUUACUGUAAGCAAAUCAAAGCCUGCUACAACUCUUCAGACUGUAAGUAUCAGUCAGAAAGUAGGAAGUCAACAACAGAUUGUAAAGGUUGUGCCAUUAAAUACUGGCAAUCAAUCUCUGAGAACUGUCGCGCCGAAAGCAACAUUGACAAGUGGCAGUCAAAAAUUGCUCAUACCAGCUGCUGCUGCGACAGCUGUUAGCAAUCAGUCGAAGAGUGCAGUAGCAAUUCCCGCAUCAGCAUUGAGUCAAUUAGCAUCGGGACAGGCAGUUCUGUCGGCUAAUCCAAGCGUCGGGAACAUCGUCGUUCUUCCUGCUCAAUAUAUUCAGCAACAGCAGUCAACAGAUGAUGGAAAAUUGAAGUCUCAAGCGGCACCAGGUCUUCUAGGAAGUUCACAAAGUUCUACAGCAACUCUAUGUGUGAUUGAUGGAAAGAAUUCUCAAAGAGGGACUUAUAAUACUGUUGAGCCGAAUGGUAUUAGGCCAAGAAAACCAUGCAAUUGCACAAAGUCACAGUGUCUUAAGCUUUAUUGCGAUUGUUUUGCGAAUGGCGAGUUCUGUCACAUGUGCAACUGCAACAAUUGUUCAAACAAUCUUGGGAACGAGGAAGAAAGACAACGCGCGAUUAAAUCCUGUCUAGAACGCAAUCCUAAUGCCUUCCGUCCUAAAAUUGGAAAAGGCCGUGAAACUGGUGAUGAUAUAAGAAGACACAACAAAGGUUGCAAUUGCAAACGUAGUGGCUGUCUUAAGAAUUAUUGUGAAUGUUACGAGGCCAAAAUUCCAUGCUCCGGUAAUUGUAAGUGUAUAGGUUGUCGCAAUAUCGAAGAUCCAAUAUUGGAAAAAAAAUCUUUAAAGGAUUUGACGGAAACGACCGAAGUCAGAACAACUCAACUUAGUUUAAACAAAGCUCAGUUACAAUUGUCAGAGAUGGCUUUUAGACCGCCGGCAGUGUCUAAUACUGGUACAAGACAACCAUUCAACUUUUUGACGGACAAAGUGGUAGAAAUAACCUGUCAAUGUUUAAUGGCGCAAGCAGAUGAGGCGGAGCGUAAUAUGCUCGACGACGAGACGUCGCAACGUCUCAUUAUCGAAGAGUUCGGUCGAUGUUUAAAAGAAAUAAUUGAAUCAGCGCAUAAAGCUGAAGCUACCUAGCAGGUGUGUUUGCGUGAUUUGUAUUGCAAUUUUCAUUUGUCACUAUUGUUUAUGGGAAUUGGAUAGAAAUAGAGAUAGUACAAUACGAGUAUUGCUACCAAAGACGUUAUUAUACAAAAUAUGAGCAUUGGUUUGUCCAAACAAAUCUUUGGAAAUCGUUCUGAAUUUUCAAAUCAUCCAUUAAAUACUUUUUACAGAAAAUUCACGACAAAUAAUUUUGAACUUGCUUUUAAAUGAUAAAUCAUUUUAAAGGUAGUGUAAGCUAUAUAGUAAGUAAAGGUGAGUCACUUUCUAUCAGAGUCAAUUUCUAUCUGAAAGAAAAAUGACAUUGUACACUUAUAUUAUAAAGAUGAUUUUAUUGUGCUUUAAAGUUUCUGCUAAGCUGUGUGAAUUUACACAUAAUGGAAGAAAAAUUCGCAAUUUGAUUUUUUGAAUAUUUUUCAAUAUUGCAUUUCUUUAUAAUUUUAACCAAGAAAAAAGAAGCAGUUGUGAUUAGCAAUAAUCAAGAGUUCUUUUUUUAAAAACAUUUUCAAAUGUAAUAAAUCAUAUAUUGUAAAAAAAAGCGAUAGCACUACAUAUUCACCUAGUAGUACAAUUGCAUUAGCGCUUAAUAAGUUCACACAGUGUCAUAGCAAAAUAUAUACCGAAAGGUAGUAAAACAUUUUGUGAAUUUAUCUUAUAAAUUUAUCGAUUACAUGUCGUAUAUUUUUAGAAAUAAUUCGUUAUAUUUGCAAAAUAAUAUAUAUAGAAGACAAAAUUAAAAUAAUUGUAGAAAUUUUAUUUAUCUGCAUCUUCUUUUUCACAACUUACUUAAUCACAGAGAAAGCAAGGACUUAUAAGAGCUUAAGUUGUAACCGUUGCAUUGUAUCUCGAUUAAUAAUAGUACAAAUAUAUAAAUGUUUCAAGGAGAUAUAAUAUAUUAAUAAUAAAUAUAUAUUAUAAAUAUAUAUUUAUAUUAAAUAAAUAUAUUAAUCAAGAUAUGUGCAAUAAACACUGUGACUUAGACUUUUAUAAAUUUCUUGUUUUUAUGAUUGUAUAUUAAAGAGCCUUUAUAUAUAUGCUACAUACAUCUACAAUAUUGCAGCUUGUUUAAUUAUGAAUAUUAAAUAUCUUAGUGACAUUAAUUAUAAGUAUCAAAUAAUUUCAUUUAGUAUAUACUUCAUAUUAUACAUAUAUGAAGAAUAGAAAGAAUUUUAUUAUU